AUGGCUACUGUCAAUAUUCGCCGGGAUGUUUCUGAUCCCUUUUACCGCUAUAAAAUGGAACGCCUGCAGGCCAAAAUCGAAGGCAAAGGCAACGGAAUCAAGACUGUUGUGGUUAACUUGAACUCCGUUGCUCAAGCACUUGGCCGUCCCCCAGCUUACUUGAUUAAAUAUUUCGGGUUCGAACUCGGUGCCCAGGCCAACCCAAAGCCCACUGAUGAUCGUUGGAUAAUCAAUGGUGCUCACGAUGCCAGCAAACUUCAGGACUACCUUGAUGGAUUUAUUUCCAAAUUCGUCCUCUGUAAGAAAUGCAAGAACCCAGAGACGAAUGUCGUUAUCAAGGAGCCUCGCAUUCUAUUGGACUGCAAGGCUUGUGGCGAACGAUCUGAAGUUGAUGCCCGCCUGAAGCUCAGUGGUUUUGUUUUGAAAAACCAGCCAAAAAAAGGGAAAAAGGAUAAGUCUACUAAGAAAACUCGUCGUGAGAGGAACAAGGAAAAGGUCGAAAAUGGAGAGAACGGAGAGACUAAUGGCAACAGUCCGGGAGAUAGCCCUUCUGAAGGAGAUGAAAAUGGUGACGUGGCAAUGGAAGCUCAUAGCGAUGAUGAAUUCACCCGCCGUAUCAAUGCUGAAGCCAAAGAAAUCGAGCAUGAUGAUGAGAUCAACGAUGACGAGUGGGCUGUUGACGUCUCCGAAGAGGCUGUCAAAGCCCGCGCAAAAGAGCUACCGGAUGAUCUCAAACGAUCGCUCGUUUUUGAUGACGAGGAAGAAGGUGAAGGCGAGAAUGGCACUACCAGCGCUUAUGACAAUCUCGGCAGCUGGAUCGUUGCGGAAGCCGAACAGAACAAAGAUGGAGCCUCCGGUCUUGGCGACGUCGAAAUCUAUAUGAAAGCUAAAGAACUUGGUAUCGAGACGAAGCACAAGACUCUAACAGUACUAGCUCAAACGAUCUUUGACGAAAAGAUUGUCAAACAAAUUUCUUCUCGUGCCGGAAUGCUUAAGAAGAUGAUUACAUCCGAACGUCACAUGAAAGCUUUGUUGGGAGGAACAGAACGUUUUGUCGGCAAAGAACACCCUGAGCUUAUUCCACAGGUUCCGGCCAUUCUUCUUGCGUAUUACCAGGAGGAUCUUGUUUCCGAGGAGGUCCUCAAAGCCUGGGGCUCCAAGGCCAGCAAGAAAUAUGUCGACUUGCCUACUAGCAAGAAGGUUCGCAAGGCCGCAGAGAAGUUCUUGGAAUGGCUAGAGACCGCUGAGAGCGAAGAUGAGAGCGAUGAAGAGUGA